AUGCUUACGCCCGUCUUUGUCUGCGUACAGGACGAAUCUUUUGUCAUUGUGUCAAUAACCUUGUCCGCGCUGUGCAAGGUGACGAAGGCCACAUUCAGCAUAGUGGGCCAUCAGUUCACGUUCCAUUGCGCGCCUUAUUAUCUGCGGUUAAAGUUCGACCAAUGCAUCGCGGAGGGGCGCGGUGAGCGGGCCACGUUCGAUGUCGAGAGGAAUCUGCUGACGGUGUACAUCCCCAAGGAGCGCACUGGUGAGGUGUUCACCCAGCUGGACAACCCGGCCUACCUUAUCGCCACUGAGAAGGAGCGGAAACAGAUGGUGCAGCUUGUGGGAGGAGCCGACUCCGCAGAGGCGGCCCUCGACGAGGAGGAAAUGGAGUUCCACCAGCAGUUAGCGUGCGGUCGCUGUGGUCCAGCAGAGGGUUGUGGCGAUUACGGCUUUGCAGGGAACUUUUCGGGGCUGUUUGCGUCGUUGGACGCCAAUGUUGCCGCGGACGUGCUUGACCUGCCACACAACCCCGACGAGACGACGGCGACACAACGACGCGGCCUGCGCCUGCAAGCGGAGAACGACGCUUUCGACGAGGACGCCCUUCUAAUGUCCUUCGAGGACGCUGACGGCGAGGUGCAAGGGCUGUUGCAGUAUGUGCCUCAGCACCGCUUGGACUAUAUUGCUGCUCUCGACGCGGAAGGCGUCCUCUACGUGGCCCCAUCCAAUGCAAUGAUGUCACCCGCAUCGACAGAAGGGGCAACAACAACAACAGCAGUAGCAGCAGGCGACGGUGACGCGCGGGAGGAGGAGGACGCAGUUCUACCGCUUUCCACCGGCGUUGUGGAUGUGUGGGCUGGCAAUAUCGCGGAGUUCAAGAAACCCCUUGUUGAAGAGGUUUCACCACCGGAAGAAGAAUCGAUGAGAAGAAAAGAACCUGCUGGUGAUGCAACAAUGGCGACUUCUAACGAGGGAGAUGGAAGCCUGCGCCUCCCACGUCUCUCACUUGCCGUCCCGCGGAACCGUCCUUGUGCCUCAUUCACCACAGAGGAACAUGAAGUAAUGAUGCGCAUUACAAUACCGCGUCUGCUGUUCCCACCAAGUCCGUCCGUUGUUGAUGCCCUUACGGUGGAUAUUCUGUUCGCUGAGGCAUACGAUGACAUUGUGACUGAAGGAAGCGGAUGUAGCGAGUCGCUGUGGAAUGUGUUCAAACUGAGCCCAGCGCUGUCGUGGCUGGAUCCGGCUGAUAACGUGUACGACGCGUGUGUCUUUUUCGCUCGCCGCGCCCUCAUCUAUCCAUUGCACCGGAACUUUGCCCUCGUCCAGCGCGUCUUCUCGUCGGUGGGAGUUCGGUUACUCAUGGGUAAAUCGUACGUUCUCAAGGCGCUGUUGCGCAUACGUGCCAUUCUUGCGCACGCCGAACACCGGCACGUCCUUGUGACACUCUAUCUCAAUCCCCUCAUUGGCUACUGGCUGAAUGCUGCGGAUGCAGAUGGGCGUCUGCUGCGUGUGGCGCUGGAGCUGCACGCACACAGCACGCGCGUGGAGCCGGAGGUGGAGACAGUCGCCGCUACUGCUGCUGCCUCGCCGCUUCUUGUGCGAGAGAAGCGGAAGCUGCUUCCGCUGCACCUGCUUAACCUCGGCCUGCCCAUUGCGUGA